GGGAUGUCCUAGCCGGAAGUGACGCUAUAUUACUGGAAGUGUGCUCUGGCGUAGUUGUGUUGCUGUUCGGAUAAAUAUACUGUAUAUUUUCAUACGUUUUUAGCUUUGCCGAAGUCAUGUCUGAAAGGAAGGUUUUGAAUAAAUACUACCCACCGGAUUUCGAUCCCUCAAAAAUCCCCAAACUUAAACUUCCGAAAGAUCGGCAAUAUGUCGUGAGGUUGAUGGCGCCCUUUAACAUGAGGUGUAAGACAUGUGGUGAAUAUAUCUACAAAGGAAAGAAGUUCAAUGCCCGUAAAGAGACCGUUCAGAAUGAGCUUUAUCUGGGGCUACCGAUAUUCCGCUUUUACAUUAAGUGCACACGCUGCUUGGCUGAAAUCACCUUCAAGACCGACCCUGAAAAUACAGAUUAUGCCAUGGAGCAUGGUGCUACGCGCAACUUCCAAGCAGAAAAACUGAUUGAGGAAGAGGAGAAAAAACUGCAGAGGGAACGAGAGGAAGAGGAGCUUAAUAACCCUAUGAAGGUUCUUGAAAACAGGACUCGUGAUUCGAAGAUGGAGAUGGAGGUUUUGGAGAAUCUGCAGGAGCUGAAGGAGCUGAACCAGAGGCAGGCGCAGGUCGACUUCGAGGGAAUGCUGGGUCGCUACAAAGAAGAGGAGAAGUGGGAGAAGGAGAGGCAGAAGGAGGAGGACGAGAGGGAAACCCGGGAGAUGCUGGAAAAGGCCCUGGUGAAGAGGCUGCGGGACUCAGACUCGGACUCUGAUCAGGAGCGGGAGCAGACAAAGAGGACGGUCCGCCAGCAGGGCGGCGACAGACCUACGGACAUCCUCACCACCAGCGCACUGGGGCACCUGGACUCCAAGGUCUUGAAUUCUUCCAGGGGAGGAGUGAAACGUUCCCGAGUGGAGACGUGGGAGAGGAGUGUUGGGGGGCUCGGUGGCGGCCCCCUGGGGGCGCUGGUAGUGAGGAAGAAACCGGGAUCUUCGACCCAAACACCCACAGCUCCCAGUUCACAAGCGGUCAAUUCCACUCAGCCAGACCCCAGCCCGACAGAAGCAGCUCUUCCAGCCGACACCAGCCCGCCGGGCCCGGCCACGUGCAGUUCCUCGCUCAGCCUGCUGGGGGCGUACUCCGACAGCGAGGACAGUGAGUGAGGGCGGCCACGCCUGUCAGCGCUGGGGCACAUUUUCUUUGUCACAAAGAAAUCGGCAUGUGGCGUGGGGGGGGCACACCGAGCACUGUGUCGUAUCGCCGAUCCCUCAAGAUGGAGGAGGGGGGGGGGGGGGGCAGCCCACUUGUUUUAUUCUCUUCUUAAUUAAAUGUGCUUAAAGAACCAGUUGCUGAAAAGCGUCAUCUUGUCUUUAUUUAAUGAUCACGUUGUGAUGCUGCCCUGAAUGUAUGGGUGAACAUUAACUGCUGCUUUGUACCCGGGCAGUCGGUGACACCGGUCUCCUGGGCCGUCUGCCGUCCUGCCUUUUCCCUGCUGUCCCCUGCGUCCGUCUUUAGUCACAGCCUCCUCUGCCGGCCCUCGAGCCUCUGAUAGCAGGACGGUGAUGGUGCUGGGGGAGUUUGCCCCCCCCACAUUUACCUCCAGGGACAGGGUGAGAUCAUGGCUCUUGAGGGGAGGCUUUAAUGGGCCCUUUAUUGCCCGAGACGCCACCGUGUGCAUUAUCGGGGA